GGGAUAUCAGCCAGCCAUAAAUAAUGGUGACAGCAGCCGGUACUACAUUCACUUCCCACGGACCACCGCCACGGCCAGAGCCUAUGCCGAGGUAACGCUAACAAUGGAUGAUUGGGUGUUCUUUCUCCUUAGCAUCACUCUCUGCAUAGCUCUCAAAAUCCUUCUCUCCAACCUAGCAAAUACGAUCCACAAGAAGCCGAGCCUUCCCCCCGGCCCAAGAUUUAUACCAAUCCUCAGUUCUCUCCCAUGGUUCCGGCUGACCCUCUUCGACCUCGAGCCCGUCCUCCGAACCCUCCGCGCCAAGUACGGCCCCAUCUUCACCCUCCACAUCACCUCCAGCCCGACCAUCUUCAUCGCGGACCGCACCCUCGCCCACCAGGCCCUCGUCCAGGCCGGCGCCGCCUUCGCCGACCGGCCCCCCGCCACCGAGUCCGGCCGCAUCCUCAGCAGCAACCGCCACAACAUCAGCUCCGCACCCUACGGACCCCUCUGGCGCCUCCUCCGCCGCAACCUCAACGCCGAGAUCAUCCACCCCUCCCGACUCAAGCUCUUUGCUCCCGUCCGUCGCUGGGUCCUCCGAAUACUCGUCAGCAAGCUCAAAGCCGAGGCCCAGGCCGACGGUGGAGCAGUGGUGGUCACGGAGAGCUUCCAGUACGCCUUUUUCCACCUGCUGUUCCUAAUGUGCUUUGGCGAGAAAUUGGACGAGAAGACCACAGAUGACAUCCGAGACAUCCAGAGGCAUUUGCUCUCCUCAUUGGCCAAGUUCAACGUCUUUGCCUUCUUUCCCAAACUCACCAAGAUCGUUUUCCGAGAAAGAUGGAAUUUACUGCUAGAACUGCGCAAGAAGCAAGAGGAACACUUCUUUCCUCUGAUAAGGGCACGCAAAGAGAGGAAGCAGCAACAGCAACACGGAGAAGGCAGUUUUGCUUUCUCAUACGUUGAUUCCCUUCUCGAUCUACGACUUCCCGAGGAGGGAGGGCGGCGGCUCAGUGAGGGUGAGAUAGUGAGCCUAUGCUCGGAGUUCUUGGGUGCAGGCAUGGACACCACCACUACAGCCUUGCAGUGGAUCAUGGCGAACCUCGUGAAGCACCAAGACGUACAAACAAAGUUGUUCGAAGAGAUUGAAGGGGUGGUGGGGAGUGAUGCGGAGGAGAUUAGGGAAGAGGACUUGCAGAGGAUGCCGUAUCUUAAGGCAGUGAUCUUGGAAGGGCUGAGGCGGCAUCCGCCGGGCCACUUUGUGGUGCCUCACGCAGUCACGGAAGAUGUGACCUUGAAUGGGUAUUUGAUACCGAAGGGGGCGGCAAUUAAUGUUACAGUGGCGGAGAUGGGCUGGGAUGGGAAUGUGUGGGAGGAGCCGAUGGAGUUCAAGCCGGAGAGGUUCUUAGCCGGGGGUUCAGGGGAGGGGGUGGAUAUAACCGGGAGCAAGGAGAUCAAGAUGAUGCCGUUUGGGGUGGGGAGGAGGAUUUGCCCGGGGCUCGGGCUGGCCAUGCUGCAUCUUGAAUACUUUGCGGCCAAUUUGGUGAAAGAGUUCGAAUGGAAGGCUGUGGAAGGAGAAGUGGACCUUUCCGAGAAGCUCGAUCUCACCGUCGUGAUGAAGAAUCCUCCUCGAGCUCGAAUCCUUCCAAGAAGAAUUGAGUGAAAAAUCAAUCUUGCCGCUCGUUCAAGUUAACAAAGUCGUAUAGCUACAGAGGACAUUUGAAGUAUUGCAAGCUACUCUGUUAUAUCAUGUGCAGGGACUUUUUCUUUUUUUUUUUUCAAUAAAAUUGUAUGCAGAGACUUGAAUAAAAAGCAAGCUUGGUAUUGAAUAUAUUUUUGAUACCUGAGUGAGAAGCAAGACCAUCUCUCCGUGGCUCAUCUGUAUAUAGAUGAGUAAGACAUGGAACAUAUUGCGGUAAUGUUUUGGAGAGAUAUUGAUAUGGCUCAAGCUAGACGUUAUUUGAAAUCUGUCAUGUUAAAGAGUACCUGCAAAAAAAAUCUACAUUUAUCAGGAUAUUUUGGCAGGAAUUCUUCAAUAUUUAAGUUAGCCGAAGCUUUGAAAAUAAUAAAAGAAAAAGAGAAUGAAAGCUAGAAGAGCAGAGAGAGUUCUUCUUCCUUCUCUUUUUCGGAUUUGCCAUUCUUUUAA